UCUAAAUUUUUAAAAACAAUGCUGGAGAUUUUGAUCAUCAUCAUUUUGUGAUUUUGGUGAUCAAUUUGACGAUUUUAGAUUUUGCUUUUAUUUUAUUGUUCGUGAUUGCAUAUUCAUCUUUACUGAUUUUAACUUGACUUUAUACAAAAGGUAUGGUUAAUCUCGCCGAUGCUCUUAUGAUAAAUACGGUGGCGGAGGGAACUAUGAAUAUUUUACGGAAUAUCGGGCUGUUUAAAAGUAAACCAAUAAGUCCACCACCACCAGUUUUAAUCAAGAUGCCACUUUGGGAACUGGCACGAGAGGCUGGGCCAUUCGUGAGGCUUGCGGGGUUAAGCGGAGCUACAGCCGUCGUUCUAGGAGCGAUGGGUGCUCACCGCACGUUCCCAGAGACAGAGAGCAAAGAAGACCUUAAGAAAAUCUUUGAAACAGCCAAUAGAUUUCAUUUUCUACACACUCUUGCUCUUAUGACAGUACCUUUGUGCAGGAGACCAUAUAUUGCUGGCACAUUCUUUAUAGCAGGAAUGGGACUUUUCUGUGGCACAUGUUACUACCAUGCUUUUACUGGUGAACGGGCUUUACGUCGUCUCACGCCAGUAGGAGGUUCCUGUCUUAUACUUGGCUGGAUAGCAAUGGUAUUGUAGAUUUUCUAGUUGUUGAAUUCUUGUCUAUGUGAAAGGUGUAAGUAGAAGUCAUUCCAGAGCCAAUAAUACCAUGUAUUCAUAUUUUAUUUACAAUUACCAUGUGUUUGAAUCUUUAUAGUUUUCUUCUGAAUGUGGAUGCAAUAUUGACCUGACAAACUUCAGUUUAUUGUUACAUUUGGGAACUGCUUAUGAGCAUAAGGAUGCUAAUGUGCAGGUAGCUUGAUGAAAAACAAAUAAAACAAAAUAAAAAAACUGAAUGUAUAAACUAUAAAAUAAUGAUUUAAUAUGUAACCAUAUUUAUAAUAACAUUGUGCUGAGCAGUGAAUAUGUGGUAUUAUUGCUCUCAUUUUGAAUUUAGUGAUUUUGCAUUAUCAACAAUUAUUAUUUAUUUCUAGAAAACAU